UCUAAAAAAUAUCUUUACACAGUCUGAUUUUGCAGCUAUGUUUUGAGUGUCAAAAUUGUGCUUACGCCUUUCAAUUUUGGAGUACCAAACUUCGAGAGACCGAAAAUUUCGAAAAGCCGUGCUAAAAAAUGCCACGGAGGGGCACCCUUCGUUCUAACGAACCGGAUGUCUACGGAGUGCCGCCGGAUCCACGGCUCAGCCACGCUGCCAGGAUCUACGGGCUGACUCUCAUCAUGGCCGUCAUCGCCUUGUCGCAGUGGAUCCUCAUUGGCAUUUUCGAUGAUCGCACCCACAAAAGACGCCCAGAGCAGUACGGCUGGUGGCUCAUAUGCACCUUCAUGGCGGUGGCCUCCGUUUCCUGGACCAAACUGGGACGCAAGGUGCCAUACAACUACAUCAUCAUUGCGGCCAUCGUGGAGAGCUCCACCAUCUAUAUUGCCCUGGAGCAGAAGCACAGUGCUCAUAUGUUAGUCAACAUCUAUGCCGGCACCAUUGUGGUCGCCCUCAUGCUGGCCUCCAUUAUUUGGGGCGCCUACUUUCCCAUGUUCUUUGUGCCCGGCGAUCUGGUGCUCAGCCUUCUGGUGGCCAUAUCCUUCAUUAUGAUCGUCUUGUUCUUCAUCAAUAUUCUUUUCAUCGACUACAUUGGAUUGCACUAUAUGGUUCGAAACACAUUCGCCCUGGUCGCCGUCUGCAUGGUGAUGUACACGGCCACCAUUAUCCACGAUCGCCAGUUCGAUGUGCCGAAGAACGAGUAUCUGUUUCUCAGUGUCCUGCAGUUCUUCUCCUACAUGAUCCUGCAGGAACGCAUCCUCGGCUUAGCCUAUCGCAGUACAAAAAAACUCAAAUGUGAAGAAAAUACAUAAAGAAAUUCUAAAAAAUUUAUUUUACCACUAAAAAUUAAAUAAAUAUAUUUA